AUGCAGAUAUUCGUAAACCUACCGUCGCAGCGAACCCUAACUCUGUCCGCCACGCCGUCGGACACCAUCGCCGACCUCAAAUCCGCAAUCCAAUCCCGUGGCGGAGCAAUUUCAAUCUCGGACCACCGGCCCGACGAACAAUACUACCAAUUGAUCCACGGCGGCAAGCUCCUCGAUGACGACGGCCGAACCCUAGCCGAGUACGGAAUCCGGAACCAGUUCGCGACAGUCAAUCUCCUCCCGCGGCUCCUCGGCGGCGGCGGAGGGAAGAAGAGGAAGAAGAAGGUGUUCAGCACGCCCAAGAAGGAGAAGAAGGACAAGGAGAAGGAGAAGCUCCCCGUGCUCAAGCUUUACAAGGUCGUGGGCGGCGGUGUGCUGGAGAGGUUGAGGAAGGAGUGCCCGAAGUGCGAACCGGGGAAUUUCAUGGCGGAUCACGGCGACAGGGUUUCCUGCGGCAAGUGCGGUUUGAGUUUCGCGCGCAACCAACCGCCGACGCCACAGCCGGCGGCGCGUGAGGACGCGGAGGAGGAGGGAAAAGAAUUUCGCUGUCGUUAA